AUGGCCAGUCCUGUACUUCCCAGAAUUGCCAUAACAUACUGCACUCAAUGCAAGUGGAUGCUACGAGCACAUUCACAUGCCUGGUUCGGACAAGAAUUACUCUCCACAUUCGGAACUACAGUCGGAGAAAUCGCCUUGAUUCCAGCCACCGGAGGCAUCUUCACAGUACACUUGACCCACAAGACGGGUGGUGACAAGGUCGAGGAGGUUUUGAUCUGGGAUCGCAAAGCCGAGAACGGAUUUCCGGAAGCGAAGAUUUUGAAGCAGCGAGUGAGAAAUCACAUUGAACCGGGAAAGGAUCUUGGUCAUUCCGAUACGCCGUCUUCAAAGGCCGUCAUGUCUGAUGCGAAGGUUGGCACUGCUGGGGCGAGUUCUGAUACAGCAGAGCAGUGCGAAGAUUGUGCUUGA